GAAAUUCCUUCCUACGAGGUGAUGCAGCUCGACUUUGAGGUGGAUAACGUGAUUAACCUGGUGCCAACCCAGACUCUACACUGGAGCGUUGAAUACCCAGCUGGCACACAGACAACUUCCAGGCAAACAGAGAAAGUUUCACACCUCUACAUCAGCAGUGCCGACAUACAGGGCAUCGUACCACUGGCUGAGGACACAGAGAUUGUGAAUACAGCCAUUCUAACCGGUCGACGUGUUGCAGUGCCAAUCAAAGUGGUUACUGUGGAAAGCGAUGGGCAGGUGAGGGAGGUGGAUGACUCCAUUACCUGCAGCUCAACCGAUGUGGAUGUGGUUAAGGUUUCUCCGAACUGUGACAAGGUUUUGGUGAAUGGCAAAGAAAUGCGUGGUCGGCAGUCUUUGACCAUCAAGUUCUCAUACCUGCACCUAUCUGCUCAGCUUCAGCUCACCGUCUGGGUGCCCAAGCUACCGCUUCAGAUAGAUCUGUCAGAUACUGAGCUCAGCCAGGUCAAGGGCUGGAGGGUGCCAAUCAUCACUAACAAGAGACCUACCAGGGACAGUGAAGAUGAUGAGGACGAUGACAGAAAGGGCAAAGGCUGCACCCUACAGUACCAGUAUGCUCUGGUGCGGGUCCUCACUCAUUUUGUCGCAGAACCGUCUGACCCAGGUGGAGAGAUGGUUUACAUGCUGGGUGCUGACUGGCAAGUUGAUAUCACUCAUUUGGUCUUGGACCAAUUAAAGAUAGAAGAGCCUCGCAUUGCCAGAUUAAUAGAUGGACGAAUCGUGAUCGGGCGGGAUCUGGGACACACCAAUAUACAGGUUCUGUCCCCCCUGUCUGAUUCGAUACUGGCAGAGAAGACUGUAACUGUAUUAGAUGACAAGGUCACCAUUUCAGACCUGGGAGUCCAGCUGGUUGCAUCUUUGUCCCUUAGUUUGAGUCCAAGUCCUGUAAAUUCUCAAGCCAUACAAUUAACAACCACAGCUGCUGACCUGCUACAUACACCUAAACAGGAAGCUGGGAUCAGUGCAUGGAUCCAGUACAGUGAUGGUUCAGUGACACCACUCGAUAUAUAUGAUCCAAAAGACUUCCUACUCUCAGCUGUCUCACUUGAUGAGAAUGUCAUUUCUGUUACCAAUCAGGAACAGCACUGGCCCAUUGUAGUAGCAGAAGGUGAUGGGCAGGGGGCAUUGUUUCGAGUAGAGAUGGUCAUCUCUGAAACUUGCCAGAAGUCAAAAAGGAAGAGUGUGCUGGCAUCUGGAGUUGGAAAUGUUAUAGUUAAGUUUGGAGCAAAAAAUGACGAAAGAGGAGUGAUGGGAAGAGGGGGGCAAGAUGAUGGUGGAGGGUUGGAUAACAGCACCAGUGAACAACGGACAAAAGAUGGAGGAGAGUGGAAAUCUAACAGUGCAGCAGUGGACCGAGAGGAAGGAGCCAUGAGGAAGGUUAGCUCAACAACCAAGAGUACAGUAACCCAUCGUGCUUCAGGUGGCAAAGGUGCUGGUGGUGGCAGCAGCAGUAGUCGUGGCAGUGGUCCCAGCCAACCAGGCGACUACAGUAGCUACCCAGCACCAGUGGAGGUACCGGGGACUGGAAACAGUGAGCUAACACAGCCCACUAGAGGCCUGUCAGACCUGGAGAUUGGGAUGUAUGCCCUUCUGGGGGUAUUCUGCCUGGCAAUACUGGUUUUCCUCAUCAACUGUGUCAGCUUUGCUUUCAGAUACCGUCACAAGCAAGUCCCAGUUCUAGAGGCAGGAGGCAACAUGAACCAUGCCCACGACUGGGUCUGGCUUGGCACUGAGGCUGACCUUUUAGCAGACCACUCUGACCAAUGCCAGGGUGGCGUGCCGGAUGAGUGCACCACCAUAAUUGACCGCAAUGAAGGGGGCUACGAGGAGAACAAGUAUCUACUGAAUGGGGCUGGUAACACCUUGGUAAUGGGCAUGGGCACUAUAAGUGGGAGCGGAGGCAGAGGUGGACAUCGGGGUGUCACCCAUGGACAAACCUUGCCUAGAUCCGUUCCAGAAUCGCAUCAGUGCCUUUCAGCAAUCACUACCGGUGGCAAAGAUGCUACAGGUCAAAAGGAGCAUCUGAAUAAUUCCCCCCAAGCCACAGCUGCAGCUGCUGUUGCAGCGGCCAAACGCAAACGCGUCAAAUUCACAUCUUUUGCCACUGUUCUGCCCAAUGAUAAUUCAGGUGGUGGCCCAUACACCAACUCAUCAGUCCUGGUGACGAAUGGGAGUGAAGAUGAUAUCAAGUGGGUGUGCCAGGAUAUGGACCUAGGUCAGUCUGAAAUCAGAACCUAUAUGGAGAGGCUACAAGACAAUCUGUGACUGAUGGGAAAGAAACUGAGAAAUGGAGGGGCAGAGGAUUAGUACAGUAAGGGGAGAAUGGACAAUGAGUACAAUUCACCUAUAAUGCCUUUGCAAUGGAUAUAUGGAGGGAGAAUGGGAGGGAUAUAAGAAGCGUGAAGGGAACAUAAAGUGUGAUGAUGUGUCUGGAAGAGUAUCUAAGAGACAUUGUGUUGGGUUGGGGACGCUUACAUUUAGCAUCCCUUAGGCUAUGAAAAGCAUCACUAGCUCACACUAAAAUUAAUGGUAGCAAAUAAUAAAUAACUUUAUGAGUUUUUUUCUGUUUUAUUUAUUGUGAAAAUAUUAGUGUAAAAAUCAAUAAUAAAGUCACUAUUGUUUAAAUGUUUACUUUCAGAAAAUUAGUAAACCAUUGUAUAGAUACAUACAGUAAAUUCAGGGUACGUUAUUGGACAGACAUUUGUAAGCCACUUUACAUUUAAACAAGGAUGGGAAGGACUUACAUCAUGUCCUGCCUUCAGAAGUCUUUUUUACUCGUGUGGUAUAUUGCCAACCUUUGCUGUGGCCGUUGACUAAUCAUUGAUCUACUUUUGAUAUACAAACAUUUACCUGCCGAGUCUGCAGAAUGGUUACGUAACACGUUCUCUGACGAAUAUGUGUUGUUGGUUUAUUAUGUGACCCAUUUCUUAUGGCAUUUCUCAUAAGUAAUAUGUGAAAUGUAAUAAAUAUAUAUAGUCCAAGUACUCAACUAGAAAUUCAGGCAUUUUGCAGUUAGUAGUGGGAAUUGCCAUUCAGCUCUGUAUUCAGGCAAAUGUGCUCUUUCUUGAAACAACAGAGUGUCUUGAGAGUUGGAAAAUGAUAUAUCUUACAAAAGACUGUUUCUCCCUUGGAUCCAAGACAGAGGCAUUUAUUCUUGCACAAUUACAAACAGGAAAGGACAUUAGCCAUAUUUGAGGCUGAUUUUCUGUUUUCCCUGCAGCCAAUGAUGGCUUUCUCCCUCUAUCCAGAAUCACUCCUGUCAUCCCCUGGCCCAUCUCCUUGUCUGUGAUUGGACGACAGUAGAACAUUUGUGAAGUUCAAAAAAAAGAAAAAUACACACACAGUGAAACACUGAGUGUAAGGGGACUGACUUAAGUGUCUCAUAUUUAAAAAAAGGAAGUGGUUGGGCUUUGCAAAGCCUGACUGAGCACCUAAUAAUGAAGAUUAUUAAAAAAAAAAUGUACCACAUAGGCAACCAGACAGACAGGAGUACCUACAGUGUUGAACAUUGAGCUAACAGGAUGUACUGAAUGACAUGUGAAUGGAUAAUGGAAUGGAUACCUGACGAACAGAUAUGGAUACGUACCAGCUUGUUGAACAUUAUUAUGAAUAUAUUGGGUUUUUUUUCCUUUUGUUUGUCCUUUUUGAUAAAUAGAAGGUUUUUACGUUUUUCUUUGUUAUGUUUUUCCCUAAUUUGGGAAGAUAUUAACUGUAGAUUUUUAUUUCAGAGAUUUAUUAAGAUUUAAGAAUAUAUGAUCCUUUUUUUUCCUUCUAGAUACCUAUUUAUUUGAAAUUACGUUUGAGAGGGUGAGGAAGGAAUGACAGGGCAAGGACAAAGACUGAAAGUAAUAGGCCUGCUGGUGAAUGAUAGCACAUAAAAGAAUAAGUGGAAAGAAGGACUCAGAACAGGCAGAGGUUGCCUCACCUUCGUUAAGCUCAGGUGACGAGUCAUGAAGAACCGACAAUAAAAAAGGAGAACUGUACGAUGUUAAGAUUGCAAUAUUUAUUUAUAAAUGUGUUACUGUUUCAGAGUACACUGUAUGUUGUAAAUAAAUAAACAUGCUUCAAAGUGCUUGUGAAUAAGAUUGCAGGCCACUAGCAAACAACUUGGUGAUAUUUUGUACAUUUUACAGUGCAAAUAUGGUACACAAUACUAUCUACCACCACAAUGUGAAAGUGAUCUUAUGGGUUCUUUUUUCUAAAGAUGUUCCAGUCUUUACUUCAAGUAUUGAAUGAGUUCUUGUCUUUGUACAGGGUAGAAAUCAGUUUACCUCCGUGAAAUGUAAAAAUGGAGGCCAUUACACUCAAAAUUGUUUGAGAACGGCGAGUCUCAGAGGUCCAUUUAGGAAAGCAAACUAAACCAACUGUCACAAUGGUUUUUUUAGUGGGCUCAUUCAAUUGAAAACAAGGGCAUAAUUUUGAUUACUAAAAGCAUCUCUAUUUUCAAUCAUUUGUUAAACAAGAAACAUUUGAAAAAUACACGCUGGCAUCAAAACACAAAUUGGGUCUGAAAUAGAAAGAAUUGGGAAUAAAAAGAAAAUGCAGUUUAAACAGACACAGAUAAGAGACCUGAGCUUAUGCCAAAUGGGGAAUAAAAUUUGCCGUAUGGCCUCCACCAAAGCAAUAGAUAUUCUGACUGAUGAUGACAACUAUACUGUAUGUUCUGGACACAUUACUGUAUCUAUCCUACUCUGCUCUCCGAUGUAGUUAUAAGACUGCUGUGCUCCAAAGGAACAGUCAAAUGGA